UUCAACGGGCCAUCCUGCUGUAAUCAUCACAUCCAAUCGACGUUUUCAACGACCUCAAGAACUUCUUUACAGAAUGCUCAACGGUCUACUUAUACAAGUAUUUAAUGGCAUCCUCUUCAGAGCAUUUUUUAAAGUCGUACACCGUCAUCAUGUAGUCCAUCUCAUACUAUAUCGUCGUCCCUACAGUCGCAUUUCUUCUUACCUUCAUGUUCCGGCGCUUCAAGAGGCGUAGAUCUGCGGUACAUAGUAUUCGUGGACCGUCAAGCCCCUCAUUUCUCUUAGGUCAUGAAUACCUCCUUCACAAUCGUGAACAUGUAGGUGACUUGGAGACGAAAUGGCGUCAACAGUACGGCGCCGUAUACCGCACUAAAGGAUGCUUCGCGGUAGAUAUUUUGUCUGUCGGUGACCCUAAGGCACUGCAGUACAUUUUCCAUUCUUCUGGAUAUCGAUUCCCAAAGACAAGAGACGUCCGUCGCACCAUUAAGGCGCUCACGGGAGAAGGCUUAGCUGCUGUGGCAGGUGAUAUUCAUCAACGCCAGCGGAAGAUUCCUGGCCCAGCUUUUGCAGCUUCCCAGCUCCGGCUCUUCCUGACAGUCUUCCAAGCGUCAGCCAUGAAGCUUACCGAGAAGUUAAAUGAACGCGCCACGGAUGGUGGGGUGGUCAAUGUGCUUGAGUGGACGAGCAAGGCUGCGCUGGAUAUCAUAGGCAUCACCUCUUUCCGAUAUCAUUUCGAUUCGCUCAACAAUGGAGAAACCGAGCUCAUGAUGGCACUCAAUAAUAUCUUUACCGAAGCUGGAAUGUGGCCUACAUCAUUGAAACUUCUGUACUCCGCACUCUGGCGUUUACUCUCCGAAUGGUUGCUUUCAGUGCUCGAAUGGCUACCCAGUAGAGAGACCAAGCGGGUGAACUGGUUUAGAGAUGUUGCAAUGAAGGUAUCCCGGCCUAUAUUCGAGAAACAACUGAAAGAAGCGGUCAAUGAUGUCAAUCCUGCUGAGAAGGAUGUUGUCAAUGUUCUUGCAAUUUCUUAUCUAAACGACGAUACGAAGAAGAAGAUGAAUGAUAUAGAAAUCGACUCUCAGCUUGCGACUUUUAUUAUAGCUGGUCAUGACACGACCGCAAACACCAUGGCUUGGCUUCUUUACGAGCUAAGUCUUUACCCUGAGGAUCAAGUGAAAAUACGUGCGGAAAUUACUCAAAUAAAAUCGAACACCUCAGGCGCGCUUACCUCCAAUGACUAUGAUUCAAUGGUCUGGCUAAAUGCGUGUAUUAAAGAGGCUCUCCGUCUCCAUCCUCUAGUGUAUGCCCUGUCUCGUGAAUCAGCCCAGGACGACGUUCUGCCCCUCGCGGAGCCUAUCACGACUUCGGAUGGGAAAUUAUGCUCACAGAUUCCUAUUUCCAAGGGACAGGUCAUCAUGGCUUCUGUAUACACUUACAAUCGGCUUCCAUCUGUCUGGGGUAACGAUGCGGAAGAGUGGAAUCCUGGCCGGUUCGUUGACGGUCGGGGCAUCAAGCAAACUUCUCUUGGGGUUUAUGCGAAUCUGAUGACCUUCAGUGCCGGUAUUCGUGGAUGCAUUGGAUGGCGAUUUGCUGUCAUGGAACUGCAAUCUGUGGUCACAGAGCUCUUGGAUAACUUCGAAUUUAGUAUGCCGAAUGGUGCUUCUAAAUUGCAGCACGGUCCUGUUGGUGCGGGUUUGACCCCCAUAGUUCCUGGAAAGGCAGAGGAAGGUCCACAAAUUCCGUUGCGUAUAAUCGCACUUAAUAAGUAGGUCUGUGAUCGGGUACUUGGCUAUGUCGUCGAUGG